UUUAAAGCCGUCUAUGAGUGGUACUCGGUCACGUACCAAAAUGUUUGGAUAGACGGACCGGAGAACCCCUGGGCUAGUUGGAAAUGAGUGGCCAGAAGCAUCUGCGAUUGCGCUACUACACCUCCUUGGAGGAGGCGAUGCUGGUGAGGUUGUGGCGAAAGCACCUGCACGACAUUCCCUCCUACACGGACAACCUGCCCAUUUUCCGGGAGAUUGCGAACGGACUGCAGCAGCACGGUAUUCGGCUGAACAAGCAGGAGGCUCGCCGGCGCAUAAACAGCUAUCGCAAUAAGUAUUUAAACGAGCGCAACCGCGCCCAGAGCAACCCAGACUUCCUGUCAGACUGGCGCCUAUACUCGCUGAUUGACUCCUUGUUCCAUCCUGCCAAAGCACCCGCGAACCUUUUCCACGCCCAUAAUGUCCUGGAGGAGGCAGCCACAAGGGCCCGGGCGGAACUGCCUGCUCUGCCGCCCCUUUUCCUCCCGACCUCCGCCUUGGUUAAAUUCGAGCGCGAUCCGGACGGAAGUGCUUUCCUGGAUUCCCAGUCAAUAGCAGUUCCAGUGUUGAAGGCGGAGUCUUGCCAAGAUGCCUACCGUCACCAGGUGAAGACUGAACCCAAGCCCACAGAGGCGCAAUUACCCUAUGCGAGGGCACACUAUCCGCCAGAAAGUCAUGCUGAAAAUGCAGUCAGGAGGGCACCUCUGAUGCCAGCAAACCACCAGUUGCUGGAGGCAGAGGACACGCCGUGUACGGGUCUCGCAAACGGCCAGCCUGAGACUGAUAGAUCCGCGUCAAAGAGAAGGCGAGGUCGACGAAGCAUCCUGCCACGCACUGGCCAGAUCACAAUGGCCCUAGUAGAGGGGCUGCGCAAGGAUAACAAAAUACUUGAGGAGCAGAACGACGCCUAUCUACUGGAGCUUGAGCAGAAGGAGAAGCAGUUCCUAGCGAUGGAGCAGAACUUCCUGACCUAUCUAAAGCGGCAGGAGGCUCUGCUGGCGCAAAUGCAGAAGAAAUGCAUCAAGCUGGAACGGGAUCGGGACUACUAGCCCGCCCGGAGACUUUAACAGCGGCAGCUUUAAGUGAGACCCCAGGCCCACGGAAAUCUGAACCUGACCCUGUGCAUUUUAUCCGUUCCUUUCUCAGACGCCUAAGUCAGUUCGAUGUACAAAAGCAGCUUAGCGGACCGAAGGUAUUUCAAUUUCUCGCCCUCUUCUGAUAAUGAAGUUCUCUUGGAUCCCUGAUAAGAUUGUGUUAAAUAAAAAUGUAUUAAACUGUCAAUUUUUGUAAAGAUCUCUUUUUGUAAGAUCUAACAGUUUUGUAUUAAAAAUCGUAAAAAUUAAAUGUUUAGUUUUUGACCCUGAGUUGUGGAAAUAAACUAUCGUAUUCGCCUUUCUAA